CCGGUUAGAAGCAUCGAGAAUCUUUUAAACCAUUUUAUCACAUGUUUUCCCACAUUUUUUUGAAACUGACUCCUGAAAGAACAGCACGCUCUCUUAAAAAUAUUCUCCAAGCGAUAACAAAAUUUAUCGUUUUUUUCUCUCUUCAGUUGCCUGUCUAUUCAUUCCUGUUCUCCGCCCUCUGACACGCAUCAUUUCUUUUCUGUUUUUUCCCGGGUUUUCCAAUUUUCAACUUUUCUCGAAUCUACCAAAAAGACAAUACUUUGUUGGUCUAGAAGCCAUGAAUGCAUUAUGGUUACUUCUCGUAGUGUUCUUCACAUUUUCUCUUGCUGAAACUGAAGUCAACAUAACUUCCUCUGAAGAAUCACAUAAUGAAACUGAAUCGGAAAUUCACAUUCCAUCAUCCGAAGAGUCUCCAAAAGAAGAAAUUGAUGAUAAGCUACCACUAGAAGCAGUUCUACAAAAAUCCAAAGAAUUCGAUGAAAUCCCAACUACUCCGGAUAAUAUUCCAUAUCUUCCAUUAAUCCAAAGAUGCUCUAUUGACACGGACUGCUCAUCGGAAACCGCUUGUUACGAUGGAAAAUGUUUAAAUGCGAAACGUUUCCAGCUAUUCCCGUAUUUAUUCCGAAGGUGUGACAGUCAAUUGGAUUGUCCUUCUGGAAAUCAGUGUAUUAUCAAUAUGUGUAUCCCAUUUCGAUGGUGAAUUAUUUUCUUGUUUCUUCUUUUUUUUUCAUAAUUCUUGUGCAUAAUAAAUCUUUCAACAAUUAU